AUGCAACCAGAUAAUUUGCUAAUAGAUAAUUUUGAUCAAAAUAAAUUUGAUAGUAAUUCAGAUCAAAGUGAGCAUAAUACUAAUUCUAAUCGAACUGAAGAUAAUAAUUCUGAACAAAGUGAACAUGAUAUUAAUCAAGAUAUUGAUGAAAAAAUUGAUAUUAAUGAGAAAACUGAUAAUGAUUGUGAUAGAACUAUGCUAUUUUCAUCACUAUUAAAUAUUGAUAAUUUGGAUAUCUUCUCAGAACCAUCAUAUAAUCCA